ACCUAUAUCUACUGGUUUGAAACACAUUUUUUGACAACGUUCCAGAAAAUUUCAAAGAGGAAAUUAAAUGGGUCACAUCAUAAAUUUUAGCCUAUUAAAAUCCAUUGUCUUGUGUAUAGUGGAGUGUCUUCUGUACAGUGGAGGAGAUGCUACAGAUUUAAAAUAUUUUUGUGCAGGAAUAGGCACUUUUUAAACAGAGGUAUGUCAGCGCUGACCAGUUGUGAAAGCCCUGGCCUUAGUUUAGGGAGCUUUAUGGUGUUCCUCAGCUGAUGCAGCUGCACAGGAGGGCAAACUCAUUAAAAUACAUAAAUGCUAAAUCUUAAGAGCAGAAUAGUGUCUAAUCAAAGAAGGACAUACAUUGAUAUUUAAGCAUUUCAGUAAGCUACAGUGAGCUGUUCUUGCUUUACUGUAUGAAUAUUUAUCAAAUGAUGCAGUUACAUUUGCAUCAUACACUUCAGAUAGCUGAAAUAAAAUAAUCACAAUCAAACCCCAAAUAUGUUUUCAUGGUAUAUAUUUCACCUUUUCUCAGCUCUUACAUACCAGCAGGACACCAUUACCCUAAAGCAGCAUCCCUUUCCUUUGAUUUAAAAUAUGUAUUGUAGAACCUUUGUCAUUAUAAUGUACUUCAGCAAGCUCUUAGAGUGAAAAGAGGAGGAAUAAAGGUAAAAAUUUAGAAUGAAAGACUGCAAGUAAGAAAAUAGAUAGCUGUACAGAAUAAUAGAAUUAUGGAUAGAAUAUAGAAUGGUUUGGGUUGGAAGGGACCUGAAAGAGCAUCCAUCUAGUGAUCACAGAGUCACAUCUAGUGAUUACAUCUAGCGAUUACAUGGUCACAGCCAGUGAUCACAAAUUUUAAAUGCAUUAAAAUAAUUACACUGCUUAGUUUUAGAAUAUUAGUUUUAAAUACAAACCAAAGUUUACAUCAAUCCUUUCUAAUAAAGAAAUGUCUUUUUAAGCUCUACUUAUACAUUUAGAGAAGGAAACUUUGAAAUUAACCCAUCUUCAUCAUUAUAUGGUCUGUUUUGUUUCAAAGCUUAUGAGAAGUGCAGAGCAAGUAUAAGCUGCAAGUUUUGUCUAAGAUUUUAUUACAAUAGAUUUACAGCUGUUACAAGUUUCUAAAUAAUUAGGUGUUUUCAAAUGCUUAUGUAAAAAUAUAGUGGGAUUGAUACAGAAAGGCAACAGUUUCCCAGUUAGCAUCACCCAAAAAGUACUUAAAAGACAACGGGAGUGGUGCCCUUACAGGAGUCAUGCCAGGAGGCUGCAGGCUGGACAGGCCACAAAUGAGCACACGUCCCUGAUUCCCACAGGAGGGUGGAAUUUAACAGGGCAGGUCAGGGAAGUCUUCCACAGAGAUGUUACUACCUUGAGGUUCUCUUGUAAGACAUGGUAAGCCAGGCAUUUCAGUAACAUCUUACUGUUCUGUUGUGUAUAUAUACUGAGAUGAUUUGAUUCUUUAAAAACUGUGUUGAGAUUUUCUGAUUGUUGCUUAUGCCCAUUUGAGAUUCAACCUACCCUGCUGCCAGGUUAAGGUCAGGCCUGGUCUGAGCAAGCUCAGGCUCAGCUGGAGAACAGGUGAGCUCCAGUGGAGGAGCUGAGGUCUCCUCAGCAAGUGAUGACAUGGUGGUGGAAGGCACUAGCUAGCAUGACAUCAUCCUAGGCAGCAUUUCUAAACCAGAGCUCAGCAAAGAUUUUCCUUUUGUCUGGAUGCAAACUACUGAAUACACUAAUAGAAAAAAUAUGCUAAAACUACCCUUAAUUUAUCUUGAGUUACUCAAACACAAAGGGACAAUGUAACUCCAAAUCUACUACCCAUCCAUGUUUGGGGAGGAGUGUCACAAAACUAGUUACAGAAGACAUCCCCAAAACAGUUUUAUUUUGAAAAAACCUGACAUUCUUUUUCUUUCUUCUUGAUUCUUUGUAUCCCACUAGAGUACAUUUGCAUCAAAAAAACAUUCAAAAGGUAGUUAAAAAUUAAAAAUUAGUUCUUUGCAAUGUGUGACCUGAAAAAAAAAGUAGGAUAAGAACAAGUCUUUCAUGUAAUCAUCUGACUUGAGCAGAUCUUGUGAAAAUAUCAGAUGUCAUGAGAUGCCUGAUAUAAUAAGUAAUGGCUCCCUGGACGCAGGGCUAUAAGUCAAAGAAUCUUUUCUAAACACAGGAAAGUACUUUUCUGUUAGCAAAUUAUAAGUGUACCCAUUCAACUACCAUGACUCAGAUCUCCAGCAGUCGAGAGACUUAGAUUACAAAGAUUUAAAGGAAAAAAACAAACCAAAACCAAAGCCAAAAAGACUAAUGAAAGCUAUGCACAAUCCCCAUCUUCAACAUUACUUUGAGUCUGACAAAAGUGGAUUUUGACUGGGAAAGCCCUAAACAUAGUGAAAGGGCACUUCACACCCUCUCAUUUCUGUGCCCUGUUAUCUUUGGGAUACAGGAGAGCUGAACAAGGUCUCAAAGAAUUCGUUCAGUCCCUACAACGCUCUGAGACACCAGUGACUAUCUCCUGUUGGAUGCGGGUCCCCACGGCGGGGGCAGGUGAGGGGCCGGGCCGGGCUCGGGCUCCGGCCUAGAUCCGGGCCGCCCGCAGGGGUCCCGAGGAGCCCCCGGGCCAGCGGUGCGGCCUCAGCCCGCCCGGGCCCCGCGGGGAGGGCAGCGCCCGGCGCCGGCCGGACAGCGCCUGCCGCGCCCGCUCCCUCCGGCACCGGCGUGCCGGGCUCCCGGGCUGUGGGGCAGCGUCCGUGGCCGCGGGCGGGACGCUCGAGUGAGGAGGCCCGGGGCCCCAGGGGCCGGCGUGCCGGGAGCCCCGCGGCUCAGGGGGGGCCCUCGGCCGAGCCGGGCUCUGCCGCCGCUCUCGCAGCCCGCCCGGCGGGAGGCGUCACCGCCCGCUUGAACCGGAACCGGUUGGCGGGGGCCGCCCGGGGCGGCUGCUGCUGCUGCUGCUGCUGCUGCUGCUGCUGCGGUGUCGCUGCCGCGGAGGCUGCGACGCUGCCGCGUGGGUGCGUGCGCGGAGCGGGCCCGGCGGCUGCGCGGGGGCGGGGGAGGAUGGGGCUGUGCCCCGGCGGGCCCCGCGCUGCCCGCCCGCGGAGGAGGGCGGCUUAGCUGCCGCAGCCCACGCCGGCGGGCCGCGCUGCGGGGCCGCCUCCGCGGAUGAGCCGCCGGGGGGAUCCGCCGGCGAGUGCAGCCGCAGGGCGCCGCAGCCACCGCCUCCUCCCCCGCCGCCGCUCCCUCUCGUCGCCGCUGCCGCCCAUGGCUUCCCGCCGCCCCCGCUGACCGGCCGCCCCUCGCCUCCUCCCGAGCCGGGCCGGGCCGGGGCCGGGCAGAGAAGAUGGGGAACACCACGUCCUGCUGCGUCUCCUCCAGCCCCAAGCUGCGCCGGAAUGCCCACUCUCGGCUGGAGUCCUACCGCCCCGAGGCCGAGCUGAGCCGGGAGGACACGGGCUGCAACCUGCAGCACAUCAGCGACCGGGAGAACAUCGACGAUUUGAACAUGGAAUUCAACCCAUCAGAUCAUCCACGGGCCAGUACGAUAUUUCUCAGUAAAUCACAAACAGAUGUGAGAGAAAAACGCAAGAGUCUCUAUAUAAACCACCAUCCUCCUGGGCAGUUGAGAAGGAAGUACAGUUCCUGCUCCACUAUUUUCCUGGAUGACAGCACAGUCAGUCAACCAAACCUCAAGUAUACCAUCAAAUGUGUAGCUCUUGCAAUAUAUUACCACAUCAAAAACAGGGACACAGACGGAAGAAUGCUCUUAGAUAUUUUUGAUGAAAACCUUCAUCCCCUUUCGAAAUCCGAAGUGCCACCAGACUAUGACAAGCAUGACCCGGAGCAGAAACAGAUUUACCGCUUUGUCCGGACGUUGUUCAGUGCUGCUCAACUGACUGCUGAAUGUGCCAUUGUCACCCUGGUAUAUCUUGAACGACUUUUAACUUAUGCAGAGAUAGAUAUUUGUCCAGCAAACUGGAAACGAAUAGUACUGGGGGCAAUUCUGCUGGCAUCUAAAGUUUGGGACGACCAGGCAGUGUGGAACGUGGAUUACUGCCAGAUCCUGAAGGAUAUCACGGUUGAAGACAUGAAUGAGCUAGAACGCCAGUUUCUUGAGCUGUUACAGUUCAAUAUUAAUGUUCCCUCCAGUGUUUAUGCCAAGUAUUAUUUUGAUUUGCGUUCCCUGGCAGAAGCAAAUAACCUGAGUUUUCCCUUGGAGCCCCUCAGCAGGGACAGGGCAUAUAAACUUGAGGCCAUUUCUCGCCUAUGUGAAGAUAAAUACAAGGACUUCAGGAAAGCUGCAAAGAAACGCUCGGUCAGUGCUGACAAUCUGACUGUGGUUAGAUGGUCCCCUGCAAUUAUCUCCUAACAGAGGAGACUGGAAUAUUCCUACGGACGAACUGUUUCAUCCAUCCAUUUUUUUCAGAGUGGGCUGGGGGCGGGGGGGAUAAAGAAAAAAAAAGACUUUUGGUUUUUUUAUUUUUAAAUCUGUCAAGCUGCCUUUACAGUGCCUCCCCAUUGUGUAGCACACGAGUGAAAUACCUAACAAAGGAGAAAUGGAGAAAUCGCUGAUCGGGAGAGAAGAUUGGCAACAAUUAUUUUCUCACUUCCACUAACAGCUUUACACUAUUAUGAGGAAACAGAAAAUCAGGUGCUUGGAAGAAGAAACAAAAAAAAAAUGAAGUAGAGGCAGAAAAAUAUUUAAGAACUGUGCCAUUUUCUAUUAUACUGUACUCAUGAAGGGAAAUGGCAGCAUGAAAAAAAAACAUGUAGUCAGAUGACUGUGCACUAGAGGAAUGACAUUGGGAGAGUUCCAUCUUAAAGGUUUCUCUUAAUACCCUUUUUUGUUGUUGCUGUUGUUGGUUUAUUUUGCAUUCCUCAUUGCUGCUUCCCAGGAUAAAUUCUUCCCCUUGCACAGCAGGAAAUACAAAGUCUGUAUUUACAGUAGCACAAGCCCCUGAAUAAAUAGCGUUGGGUUUUUUCACUGCACUUUUCUCUGUAACCUGUCUUAUUAACAUUAUUCUUCUUAAUUAUUAUGCAUAUGUUACAUUUCUUGUAUGCCUUUUAUUGUAUUUUGAAAGAGAGAACUUGACAAUAGUGCUGAACCAAAAGUGUGUACAGGGAUCAGAAGAUUUUCGUAAUUUCAUGAUGUGUUUUAUUUAUAGUAUACUUGGGUGCGUGUGCCUUCCUGAGUUAUUGGAAUCGUUUAUUUUUCCAUAAUAUAAAGAUACAGUUGUUAAAGUCUUGAGAUGAUGAUGGUAAGACUUGGGCCAAAUCUAUGAAAUUUGCAACAGAUCUUGUGAUCCUUCUUGCAGAUUUUCAUAGCAUUAGAAGUUUAGCAGAAUUCAUCCAUUUUGAAGGAGAUUUUUUUUUUGUAUGGCCUGACAAGUUCAUUCCUUAACUCCCAGGUCCAUUGUUGCAAGCAAUAUUCGCAAUUUUUAUAUGUUUACUUUAAAUCAAAGUGAGUCUGUUUGUAUAAAAUAAAAAAUAAUAAAAAAAAUUGUUCCAAUGAGAAGGCCUGUAGAAGAGCAGAAUGGAAAUCUUAACAAGGUAUCUGUCACAAGGAGAUUUGAUUUGGAAGCUAAGAUACAAACCCUCAUGUUUUUCAGUGUAGGUGCUUAUAGAAAUUAAAAGUAACUGAACUGUGAAUAUGAUUUCCAACUCGGACUAUUAAACUCCUUUGUUGUUAUUAUUUUUUUCUCUCUUACUGCGGCUGUUGCCCCCUUGGCAUCAUUAGAACCUUUUAUACAAAAUAACUUGUCAGUAUAAGCAUAUUUGCUUCAUAACACCGCAGGGUGAUUUUUCUUCCCCUACAGUUGUUUGGGUUUUUUUUUUUGCACAGUUUAGAAAGAUCCAGCUGAAAAUUCUCAGUUCCCUGAAAUCUGUCCUUGCAGCUAUCACUGAAGGGAAUGGCAGCAGAUGUCCCUGAUUUGUGCACUACUGUUAUAACCCACAAAGAUUCCGUGUUUGUUUGGUUAAGCCCUAUGGGCUUGUAGCAGCCUGGGGGCCCAGAGAUGCACACUUGACUCCCAGAGUGAUGCGAUUCCAGGGCCUCCAGGCAGAGAGGCACCGACAGGAUUGAAGCAGUGAAACCAAACAGUUUCCUGUUAACUUUCCAAUGUGAUUUGUUUAGUUUGAGACAUGAAGGCUUCGUCCAUAAAUUCUCCUGAUGUUCUUUGGGCCUUUAAAAUUAUUCUCAUCACUUCUUGUUGUGCCAAUGCAUCAGAACUGUGAGUAUCCAAGUCCAUUUUUCCCUUGAACAUGGAAUGUAAGGCAAGUGUUUAUAACAAAUUACAGCAUUUGAAACCUCUUUACAGAUAGUAUCAAAAGGAACAUUUUCAGAGCAUUUGAAAUUCAUCCUUUAUAAACAUAAAUUUAGGCUUUAAAAUAUGUAAAAUAUUUUGAUUUAUCAACACUUUGCUAAACUAUUUUCCAUUUAACUUGAUAUCAGGAAUAUUUGUUUUAUCCAUUUCUGGGUGAUAGAGAUAUGAACUUUGGAUUAUGUAAAGAUAUCAAUGCAUCUACUAUAAUUUUUGUGAAGUUUAUUAAACUACUUUAAAGAUUGUAUAGUCUAUUUAUUGUAUGUAUGUACAUACAGUCUGAUACUUUAAAAAGUGGAUUCCGUAAAACCUGGCUCAGUCUUGUUUAGACUAUUGAAUAUCGUUUUAGCCUUGUGCACUGGACUCUACCUCUGUAUAGGAGAAUUUUCCAUAUUCUUAAUUAGUACUGAUUCUGUGAUUAACUUGGUUAUGUUUCUUGCACUAAGAAUUAAAAAAAAAAUCUGCUGUAAGUGUGGAUUUUUUUCUUUAGUUUUACCAUAUGAAUCCUCUACAUUUGGAUGGAUAUUUCUUUCCCUCAUGGUUAUAGAAUAAUUCUUUGCUUUUUCUUCUGGUCUGUUCCAGGGUUGCCAAAAAAUACAGUAUCUGUCAGUAAACCUGAAAAGUGUCUUUUGUUUGCAAGGUAUUCUAUACCAGGUAAUUAAAAAUGAAUUAUUAUUUAGGAUUAUGUUGUGUUUACUGUAGUUUUUUCAGCAUUACUGUAUGGAAAAUACCAUUGCAAAGUUAGAGAAUCACCGGAGAUGUAAGAAGGGAGGAGAACCAUAUAACAUUUUAAUUAACAGCACAAAGACAUUGUGUUUUGCUGUAAAUGUUUUCUGGAUUAAGGUUUUCAUUAUUGCUUUGGUCACCGGCUCAGAACUGAAAAGGUUUAGGAGAUAUAAUAAACCUGUCCCUUCAAGUA